UUUUUUUUUUUGAUACAACUCCCCACUCUCUCUCUAUCUUUAAUUUACUUACACCUCCUUUUCCCUCCUCUCUCUUCUCCUUCUAUAUUAUAAUGGCUUCAAGAGUCUUAAGCUCUACCUUUUUACGUGCUACCAGUCAACGUAGUAUCAUCAAAGCUGCCGCCCUUCGAACGAAUCCUACACGAACUAUUUCAACUUCAAUUGUAAAACGACAAGUUCAACGUGAACAAUUAACUCAAGUAAGCGCUGAUCCCAACUUCAAAUCCGGUAACGAUGCACUUCAUGAAUAUGGACAUUAUGUCAUCACAGCUCUUCCCAAAUACGUGCAACAAGUGAGUGUGUACAAGGAUGAAUUGACUGUGUAUGUUGCUCCUAAUGCUAUUGAACCUGUCAUGACUUUCCUUCGCGACCAUACCAAUGCUCAAUUCAAAUCCCUACAAGAUAUUUCUGGUGUGGACUUUCCUUCUCGCGAAAAUCGAUUCGAAGUAGUCUAUCAACUCCUCAGUUUCGACUUUAAUGCUCGUAUUCGUGUCAAGACCUAUGCUAGUGAAGUGUCUCCUGUUCCUUCAGUUGUGCCUAUUUUCAAUGCUGCCAACUGGCAAGAACGUGAAGUAUAUGAUAUGUACGGUGUCUUCUUUACUGGUCAUCCUGAUUUGCGUCGUAUCUUGACUGAUUAUGGUUUUGAAGGUCAUCCUCUUCGCAAAGACUUCCCUUUGACUGGUUACGUCGAAGUUCGUUAUGAUGAAGAAAAGAAACGUGUGGUAUCCGAACCUGUUGAACUUGCUCAAGCUUUCCGCAACUUUGAAGGUGCUUUGUCUCCUUGGGAACAGACCGGUCCUGGUCGUGAUGACACUCCCUCUUCUAUUUCUGAACAAGAACAACAAGAUGAAAAGAAACAAUAGAUGACUCUUUUUUUUUUAUGGUAGUUAGUUUGUCUCCCCUUAUCUUAGAUUAUAUCAUUUUUUUUAGUUUUGUUUUUUUUAUUAGUAUUCUUUAUUGUAUGAUGCCAAAUAAAAGAGAGAAAAAAAAAGUAGAAAAAAAG